UGAAGGCAUCAAAAGACAAGAUAGCUAGCUUAAGUAGCAGCGACAAUGUAGCAGCUGUCUACUAGCCUGCGCAGUGAUGGUGUACUGGUAGUGCCGCUGGCUUAUUUACCUGCAAGAUAAGUGACCAUCCAGCGGGAAGUACAGUUAUUCAUUAAUUAAUAUGUUUUAAUAACAGGACUAUCUGGAUUAGUCGUGCUACUUUAUACUGUACUCCCGAUUCAAGCAGAUGGGGGAGUUUGAGAGCAGUGCUCUGGGCCGGGUAACGGUGUACUCCAUCCAGGGGUGCCCACACUGUGUGCAAGCUAAGGCCACCCUCGGGCGAUUGGAAAUACCAGUAUGUGACGUGGACGUGGGUAAGCAUCCAGAGCUGAGAGCCAGAGUGAAGGAGCUGACAGGACGCAGCACAGUCCCUCAGAUCUUCUUUAACAACGUUCAUGUCGGGGGCAAUGAUGACCUGCAGAAACUGGCUCCUGAGGAGCUUCGAAGAUUGGUGAGUCUGGUCAAGGAGCAGCCUCUUCCAGCAGACGCUCCACCGCUACCAGAGGAGAACCGGUCAGAGGAUACAGCUGGGGAGACCGAUGGAGAGUUUAAGUGUGAGAGAGAUGAGUUGGCCGACCUGGUAGAUGACCUCAAACAUGGCAGUGUGAUUGGCAAUCAAAGGAAGGGGCUGACUUUAUACAAAAAGAGCUUCUCAGGCGAUCAGCUGGUUGACUGGCUGCAGAAAGAAAAGGGCAUGGCCAGGGCUGAGGCCUGUAACACUGGCCAGGCGUUGUUGCAGAAGAAGUACAUGGUCAGUGUGCGUGACUGUGGGCGGCAGGAUGGCUGUUUUGGAGAAGGGAAAGACACCAUGGACACACUGUUCAGGCUGCUGGAGGAUGACCCUCAUUCAGCCCUCAACACAGGACAGACUGCAUCCUGCAGUCCUAUACAGGCGGCUGAGCUCUCUUUGCUUUUACGAGAGAUGAUUCUGAAAUUGUUCUCCGAGCAUCUCUCUGCUGAUGGCAAGUCUGUGGACUACAAAGGCAUGUCAUUGAACCCUGCGUUUGAGCGUUACUGUGAACUAGCCAUUCAGCUGCAGAGGCUGGAGCUCCUUUCACUGAGCCGAGAGGAGAAGCUGGCCUUCUUCAUCAACAUCUACAACGCCUUGGUCAUCCACGGGUACCUACGUAUGGGGCCCCCCACCAACAUGUGGCAAAGAUACAGAUUCUUCAACUAUGUGAGCUACCUGAUUGGAGGAGAAGUGUUCACAUUACAGGACAUAGAGAACGGCGUUCUGAGAGGGAACAGAAAAGGUGUCGCACAGCUUCGAAGGCCCUUCUCCAAAACAGACCCACGGCUCAGAGUGGCUCUCCCAGACGCAGAGCCCCUCAUUCACUUUGCCUUGAACUGUGGUGCAAAGGGCUGCCCACCUAUUAAAACAUACACUCCACAGGACAUAGACAGCCAGCUCCGCACAGCAGCUGAAGCCUUCCUGGAGAACGACGACGGCUGUGUGGUGGAUUCUGGGAAAAGAGAAGUGCGUCUCAGUCAGAUAUUCAAGUGGUACAAGGCUGACUUUGGAGGCACUGAUGAGAAACUGCUGAAGUGGGUGCUGGAGCACAUGGGUGACUCGCCGAAGAAGACCAGCCUGCAGGACAUCCUUUCUGCCGGAAAGACCAAAGUCUGCUUCCUCCCGUACGACUGGAGCUCCAACAGCAGCCACUGAGCAUGAACACACAAAUACUUACACACCCAGCUAUACACUAUGUCUCUUUGCAUCUGUCCACUUUCUCCUGAGCUGCAUCUACUUAAAAACCAGAAGGACGGUGAUGGCAUGUUCGCCAAAUGCAGUCCACUGGUCCCAAACCUCAUGCAAAUGUUUUUAUGCAAAACAGACUAUAAAUCCAAGCGUUGAAAGGGACGUGUUUGUUGCACUGUACCAUUAAAUCCGACUUCCCUUUUAGGCUUAUUCUAACUGUAAGGUCUUAUCAUAAGCCCCCGUACCCCAAAUAUAUGAGUUGUACAUUCAACUUUAUUACUUUCAAGUAAUUACAACAGAGAACCUAUUUUAGAAAACAGGUUGCACACAGAAGUUUUGUACUGCAGCAGCAUAUUUAAUAAGAUAAAAUGCACAUAAAGCGUGCUAUUGACUUUGCUUUUCAAUAUUUACUGUUAAAUAUCAAACCCUAAAAAACAACAGACAUAUCUUAAUUAUUUUAGAGUAAAUUAUAGAGAAUGCUAAACAAGCAUAUAUUAUAAUAAUAAUAACUUCAAUCAUAAAUAUGGUUUCCGUGCUUUCCAGUCCUAGUCUUUAGAUAACAAGUCAGCAACUCAGGACUCAGAUGAUCAUGAUUUUGUCAGUUCAACACUCUUUAUUUGGGCUACUUAAGCGGAGCAUUUGAUAACUUUGCUGAUCCAAACACACUGCCUUGACAAGCCAUAUCGAAACCUUUUGAACUUACAAACCCACUCCCUCGUGUGCAGUAAACUGCAGAUGCUGCACAAAGCUGGUCCAUCACUCCAGCACUGUUGAGGUAGCAGUGGUUAUGAGGGAGGCUCUAUCCUCUGAAAUCCCCAUCUUUGUGGACUGUGUCCUUUGUACGACCAAGCCCUUGAAUUAACAGCUACUUUGUCCUUGAUUAAGAAACACAGACAGAUGCAGUGCUCAGACUUUUGCAUAUCUUGAUCAGGUUUUAUGCCUAAUCCCUAAUUGUAUUUUGUUUCUCCCUCUUCUCAUGUGAACCCACAAUAUUGUCCACCCCUCCUUUUGAUCCAGGUCUUCCAUUUGAACUUGCAAAAGUGCUACUAUUGUGUUUUUAGCACAUUUAAUUAAAAAAAUAAUAAUAUUGUGAAUUAUGAAAACAUUUAUCAAAACUACACCCAUGUGGGAUGCACUCUGACACUUUGCAUGUUUAUCUCCAACUCUGAAUGCUGUUGAGACAUAUUUGUACUUUUUUCACAAAGAUAAAUGGUCAUUGUUGAUCUAUAUGAGAAUAAUGUGCCGCGUUUAUUCGGCUAAUUUAUUCCAGCAUGUCUGCAGAAACUGAAAAAAAUUCUCAGUCUCGAAAAAUAUCUUUCAUUGCCCAUAUCAGUAGUCAUGAAUACAGAUACAUGUAGCAGUUUGUCUUAAUUCAUUUUAGUUUCCACCUGAACAGGCCCACAAAAGUGUGCAGUACUCUUUCCAAUUUUUUAACAAAAAAAUUUACUUAAAACUUUUCCCUAAAGUUUUCCCUUUUACCUGGCCUUAAACGUUUGUAAGAUUCAUUUUUAACAUGACGCAUCACGAUGCCUUUUCCAUUGUGAUUUCCCACAUAUUCCGUUAGUAUAACUGUACAGUAAUAAGGAAGAAUGGGACUUGGAAAAACUUCUAUCAAGGGGGCUUUCCGUUUCCAUAAUUUUGGACUUUCUUAUCUCAGGUCAAAAGAAAAUGCAAGUGGAAACAAUAUUCAAGUUGUUUGAUACGUUGUUAAUGCUCUUUCCAGUCAUUCUGUGUAGUCUACAUCAGUCAUUCUUUAAAAUCCUGCACAUUACCAUCCAUCUUAGUUUCUUUGUCUUUAAGCUACAUACAGCACCAAAGCAAAUGGUUAAAUUAGCAUGUGGUAAAACUGGAAUGAAUUUGCUGCAUGUGAUAUUGGGAAAAGCCUUCCACCUUGAACGCUGACCUGUAGCAGGCCUGCCUCUCUGCCAUUGCUUGUUUUUUCGAGCCUGUAAGCUCAGCCAUAAGUUGCCAUAAUAGUUGGACUUUGACACUUAACCCCCACGUUACCCCCAAUUAAAUAAAUAAAGUGUCAUUAAGACAGUAACGUCAGAAUGCAACAGCGCAAAUCCAAAUUUGUUAAAGCCAGACUGUCAGCUAAAAUGUGCAGUACAUUUUAAACAAGUCACACAACAAUAGACUGCACUUUUUCUUGGAAUACAUGCCUUCAGUGACAAUGCACCCUUGACUUUAAUACACAUAACUCCAUUACUGAGUGACUUAGAUUAAAAUAAAAAGGGAAAACACUUUGUGGACUUUAAGUGAAUGGAAGGGUUGUAAUUACGUGAUCCCUGUAUUUUUUCAAAAUGACCUUGUGUAUCAGGAAAAUGUGAUGCAAAAACUUUUUUAAACAAGCAAUUCUAAUGUAAUCGUUCUAUUUUCCUCUUUCCUGGGGGCUAAUGAAGCAAUAUGUUUCUGUACAGUAAAUAUGCAAUGCUCUACUACAAUAAAGUAUAUAUUGAGUCAG